GUUUCCGGGCCAGCUUCCCUAGCUUGAGAACUGCAUGUAUAAUUAGUCACCCUACCCAGUUCCCCACAUAAGGCCUCCAUCUCUCUCUCUCUUUCCUUUCUUUCUUUAGAUUCGAUAUCACGAAUAAAACCGUCAUCCCAGAUAUGCUCGUCUAUGAGGCUUCCUGCUCGUUACAGAUACAAUUAAUCAACCGCCCCAAGGGAAGCACCUGACGGCCCCAGUUCUACGCAAGAUAGCCGGACAGCCCUAGAACAUGAAUAGCCGAGCCCGCCUCCGCAGCGCCCACAAACUCCAGCAAUCUUUUGUCGCCUCCUUUUUCUAUCCUCACAAACCUCAAAGCUUUACCCCUAUCCAAAAUUACGGACAGAACACCAGGAUAGACGACGAAGCUGAAAUUGUUAGACGCAUGUCUACGGUCGGUGACCUAGGAUUAACCGACGAUGCAAUCACCGCUCUCGACGGAGUUCAACUAGACAAGCUCUGUCGGGAGAGAUAUGGAGUCUUAUGGACUACCGCUGGGAAACUAGAACAGAUCCGGUGGUGGUACCUUGGCCAGAAUCAAAAGCGAUGGGGCUGGCGUAUCUACAGAACGACGUACGACUCGGAAGUGAAAUGGGAGCGAUUUAUUCAAAUCUUUAACGAGGCUCUAAUAUCGACAAUCCGAGAGGUACAUGGGAACGAGGAACAUAUGAAGUUUAUGGAGUGGCCUAUUAUGUCUGAUCGAGAGCGCUUCAAUGAAGCAAGCACCAUAGAGCUAAGAAAACAUUUUCUUGCCUGGCGAUCCGGCGGCGGGCCGAUUGCCGCCGAACCUCAACUUAGGAACGAGAAAAGUUUAAUUCUGUUUGCUCUCAGCAGACCGAAAUACGACUACUUUAUUCAGGUUGAUAAAGAGAGUAUCGACAAUAUUCUGGCGCAAAACGAUCCAGUUGAUGGAUACGUAAAUGUGGUACAGGCUGACUGGCCUGGCGAUGACCCGGAUGAGCUGGACGACAUCGAGGCUAAUGAUGGGUAUCCGGUAAUAGAGGGCAGGAGUACACAUGAUAUAGGAUUUCAGAGGGUGCGGCUGGCUUAUCUCUAUCCGGAUUUUUACGAGGAGGUAAAGAAUUUGGAGAGGAGAUACUGGUAUAGAAGGCCUCCUGAGAUCUAUACAUAAUGCAUGUCUACCUACACACUCCAGAGCUACCUCGGCCAUCUCUGAAUCCCAUUCUUGGUUGACCACAUAAACCGUCCAUGAAUGCACACAGCUAUGCAUCCCGUAGUCCAGAGACUCAACGCUUCCUUUAGAGGACCUAUCCACUCCCACCAACGCGUGGUCGCACAGCACCCUCACCGCCUCGUUAAAGCUACCAGACUUCUGCUUCUCAUCCUUUGUAUCCUCUUAUGCCUUUCUUGGUAUUCACUCUCCUACUAUAAUACCACAUCUCGGAAUUCGUUAUCUCUUUUGUGUCUCCCUUCUUUCUGGCAGCGGCGAUGUCGCCAUCACCGGCCUCAGAGAUAGGGACGGACGAGCCCUGGGC